UAAGAACUUAUUUACAUUUUUUGUGUGGAGACAGAGUGUUGGUGUUCGUAUAUUUGUGCAAAAUAAUAUUUUUUUAAUUAAAAGAAAACAAAAUAAAAAUUACUGUUUAUAAUAUUUUUCUAUAUAUAAAACACGUGAUAAUAAAAUUAACACCAAAAAACAAGAAAGAAAACAAUAAAUAACUAAUUUUUUAACUAUAAAAAAAUCUACAAGGGAGAGACAACAAAUACAAAAAGCACUAUAUAAGGCAAACAUUAAAGAGAGCCAAAAAAAACGUAAAAAACGCAACUUUAACAACACGUUGUUGUUAUACAAAUUCUAUUAAGUAUAAACAAUUAACAAGGGAAAUUCUUAAAAUAAAUAAUAAUAUAUUUUUUAUAAAAAUAUAAUUCUCUUCUAUAUUAAAGAAAAAAAAGAAGCGAAAAAAUCAUGUGAAAAAUCGAUUGGAAGUUGGGCAUACAUAUAAGCGUUGAAAAAAUCUGUUUGUGGUCAUUUCCAAUGCCAUGUAGAUGACAUUGGAAUUUUCUCACACUUACAUACUUCGUACAUACAUACAUACAAAAUAAUACGAAAAACGUACAGACAAACGAAGAAACAAAAUACAAAAACUCGCAGCAAACAACGGAGAAUAGCAAGACUAAAAAGAAGAAGCAAACGAAAAAAAGAAAGAAAAACACUGACAAAUCAAAGGGAAAUGUCAGAAACUGAUGUGAAAGCGCAAUUUUAUUUUUCUGAUGGUUUGUGUUUUUUGUUAUUGUAACCAUUGUAAAGUGACAUCAGUGUGGUUGUAAGUGGAAAAUCGUACGAAAAGCAAAGAAAAGCCACAGAAAAAGGAGAACAAAAUAAAAAUAGACAAAAAAUAAAGUGAAUUUUUGUAUAUAUUUUCUUUUUUUUUAAUUUUCUUAAAAAACUUUUGUAUGAAAUACAAAUGAAAUAAGAAGUCUGGGGGAGUUACAAAAAGUGUUGAACACUUUUUCCUGUUUUCAAUGUGGAAUAAAAAGAAGAAAACUUUAUUACUUGCACCACUUUCAUCAAUAUUGUCGUCAUCUUCUUCUUCGUUGACUUUGCCUUCGCUGUCUUCAUCAUUGUUGUUACUUCGUAAUUUUUUUACGCUUGACUACUUGCAAGUAGCAAUAAUAGCAACAACAGCAGAAGUAGCUAAUAACCCAACAAUAUUUAACUGCAGCAACAACAAUUGUUCCUGAUUGCAUUUGUGUAUAGUGUGAGUGCGUGUACGGUGUAGAAAAUAAUGGAAUCUGGUCCCAAUGGGAUAAAAGUAGAGCCAUCAUUAGAACAGCAACAUUUACAGCAUCAGCAACAACAACAUCAUCAUCAACAAUAUGCCACAAAUUUGCUAGCUCUCAAUGGCUCGAAUGCCCGCCUACUCAUCGAUCAUCCCUCAACGUUGCUGGUACCGUUGUCGCAUCAUCAACAGCAACUGCAACAAUUACAACUCCAACAGCAGCAUCAACAGCAACAACAACAACUGCAACAGCAUCAUUUGCAGCAGCAGCAAUUGCAACAGCAUUUAGCCUCACAACAGCAGCAACAACAGCAACAACAACAGCAGCAGCAAGAUCAAUUGCAACUACAGCAGCAACAACAAUUGCAAUUGGCCGCAGCGGUCACUUAUCCUCAGCCUUUGUCCCUUAAACAACCACCCCUACCCACGCCCAUCACCAACAAUAGCGGCGGCACUGCAAGUGGUACUGGAGCAGGAACCACCGCGAACAACACCACUUCGUUGGGUCCGGCGUCAGUAACAUCGUCCACCUCAUCGGCCGUCCGUCAUCGUUGGAACGAAAGUCCAGAGGCUCGAGCUCGUCGUCUGGCACGCAAUGCCGAGAGAAUGCGAGAACGACGCAAUCGUGAGACCGAAGAUGAGUAUCGCAAGCGGCUGGCACGCAAUGCCGAAGCCAAUCGAAUGCGUCGUCAGAAUGAAAACGAAAUGGAACGAGCCAUGCGUUUAGUACGUAACGCCGCAAGGCAGCGUCUGCGUCGCGCCAUGGAAUCGCCAGAUCAAAGGGCUAAACGACUACAAAAACUUGCCGAACGGAUGCGUAUGUAUCGAGCCAAUGAAUCACCGGAGCAAAGGAAAAUUCGUCUCGCCGAAAUGGCAGCCAGAGCCCGGCAGCGUAUUGCCAGUGAAUCCCCCGAGCAGCGUAAGGAGCGACUGAAAAAACUCAAUGAGUAUGCGAGAAAGGUCAGAGAAAAGAAAAAAAUUAUAAAACACGGCGCGGCGCAGACUCCGAAUUCGAAUCAGAAUUCGAAUACGACGCAAAGCGCUUCAAUAAAUUGUAAUAAUAACGACUCUUUAAAUCUAAACCAUCAGGCACCACCUUCAACUGCAGCAGGCGGAACAUCAGCAUCGGGAGCAGCUGGAACAAACUCAGCCACGCCAACUGGAAACGAUGAACUAUCCCGACAAACUGCCGGCGGCGCCCAAGAUGACCAACAACAGCUAACAGCAUCAUAUCAGCAAGCUGCAGCCCUGGCAGCCAAUCCCAUUGAAUACUAUCAGAACAUGUUCAUCAAUCCAGCCACUUUACGCACAGGCAGUGCUGCCCUCCUCAAGCAGGAACCCCAAACACAGCAGCCGCAAUCUCAGCAAUCCACCAACAAUCAACAGAAUCGUUUUAGCACUCCGCAACAACAGUCGGCAGCUGCAAAUCUCCUCGAAUCGGAGACGUCGAAUCUUUUUCAGCAACAGUUGUACGAUGAAGCCUCACAAAAGGCCAAACUGCCAAAUGUAGCAGCAGCUAAUGUUCCUCACUUCAGCACAAUCGCGAGUUCGUUAGAAUUAUAUCAGAAUAAGUAUGCUAAGAAGCCGGAGCUUCAACAGACAAAUAAUACAGCGACCAGCAGUAGCAGCAGCAACAAUAACAACAGCGGGUCUGUUGGAGUCCCAACCGGAACACAGAAUGAAAAAAGUGAAUCAAAAGUAAAAACUACACAUCCACAAAUACAAAAUCCCCCAACACCGCUCUACAAUCAAUUUCCCUAUUUGGCGACUUUUCCGGCAGCUGCAGCCAACUCAACAGUGUCGGUAACAACCCCGCCAAAUACACCAACCCAAACAGCCGCCUAUUAUCCUAUGUAUCAUAAUGGCUUUCAGCUGGGCAUAGCGCCGAAUACGGUGCCGCCCCCAUUUACGCCAGUACACUUUUCAACGGCCACAAAUGCAGUUGGAUCUUCGCCACCAACAAAUGCUGCGGCCAGCCAACAACAACAUGUAAUACAGGAUUUUCCAAAAGCGGUCCGCGGUCGUCCUAGAAAGCUGUUUAGCUCAAAUAAAGAUGCGUCGCAGGACGAUGUACUUCAGCAGCAAGAGCAGCAACAAAAAAUGAGUGCUUUGCUAGAACAGGAGAUCAAUCAAAUGCUAGCAUCUCCACAAUAUACUCAGCGCCGCGGACGUGGUCAACAAUAUCAACAAUUAAACACACAAUUACAACAGCAACAGCAGCAGAACCAGCAACAACAGCAGCAGCAAAUAUUGCAACCAAACCUACAGCAGCAGCAACAACAACAAGAACAUUCCUCCCCCAACAUUAUACGCAGCAAUGGUAAACUCAAAUACGAAAGUGAUGAUGAGAAACGCAAACGUCUUGACAAAAUGGCUGCCCAUCAGAGAGCACUGCGAGCUAACGAAACACCCGAACAACGAGUAGUACGUCUACAGAAACUAAGUGAACGGGCCCGUCUCAAACGAGCCGAAAUACGUGCUACCGAAACUCCCGAAGAGAAGAAAAUACGUCUCUCACGACAAGCCGAAUAUGCACGAAUGCGUCGCCUUCGAACUCAUACACCACAUUUUCGCUCUAAAUCUGAAAAUGGUGGCUCCACUACUCCAUCGGGCAUCUAUGAACAGUCACUGGGUGCUUCUACAAAUGGUGGCUAUGAGACAAAACCCAACGAUGGUGGUGGAAAUAAUAGUGUUAGUGGCGGUAGUAUAUCACAGGAAAGUGCUUCAAAUAGUGAGGAACAACUACAGCAGCAGCAACAGGCGCAACAACAACAACAGCAGCAGGCACAGCAACAACAACAGCAGCAGCAACAGCAAUUGUUACAAAUGCAACAUCAGCAAACACAACAACGUAUGUUACUUCCAGGUCAAACUCCCAUACUACUUCAAAUGAACAACAACAACCACAACAAUAAUAAUUUCAUAAAAGGCAACAACAAAGAAUACAAUAAUGGUCAACCGGAAAAUAAUGAUAUGUUAAAAAUUCUUGAACCCAUAAUUGUCAUGAAAACAAAAUAAUUUUAAUUCUAUUUUAUUCAAAAACAUUAUUUAAAGAUCAAUCACCUCACCUCAACACCACCACCUCCACCACCAUCUUACAAGAUCAUUUGUUGUUAAUGAUGAUUAUUACUUACAUCAUUAAGGGUUAUAAAUGGUA